UCGGGAUUGGGAGCAGCAGCACCAGCACUUGGGGUUCGAGUUCGAGCUGAUGUUCAUUGACGUGCGUCAGCUGUGAGCGGGUUGACGUCGAACCAGACCGUAGACACCACAGAUGUCUCAGUUAUUUAAUGACACUUGUCUUGUAAUUAUUAAAAGGAUGUGAUAUCACUGAGGAUGGUAACUGCCGGUGACACGGGCAAGCGGGAACAAGAAGGAUCGUGGUGUCUAUCAUGUUUUAUAUGAUGAUGAGAAUUAAUUUCAAGACGAUCCUUCUUGUAUUGAUCGUCGCCGUAAUUAGUUCUAUAUUUACGUCAUGGAAUAACUGCGGAAGUAGCAUUCUUAUCAGGACGGCUGAGUGGAAGACUCGUAGGGACCGUCUUGCUAAUAGUGAGCUGGGAUAUCAAGAGAUUGAUUGUAAUAUUAAUGGAGAAUAUUUAAUAGGCUGUAGGAGAGAGGGAGAUGAAGUUUACAUUCCGUUUUCAUUUAUUCAUAAGUAUUUCGAGGUCUAUGGAAAAUUGGCUACUUAUGAUGGUCUAGAAAGAUUUGAAUGGCUGCACAGUUACUCCAAAAUAGUUCGACCUAAAUCAAAAUAUGAUCCACGUGGUGUCUUUAUGACAUUUGAAAAUUACAAUGUCGAAGUACGUGAGCGCGUUAAAUGCGUCAGUGGGAGUGACGGCGUCCCCAUGUCGACCCAAUGGGAGAGCCAGGGUUACUAUUAUCCGACCCAGAUAGCGCAAUUUGCUUUAUCGCAUUACAGUAAAAAUUUAACCGAGCCCGAGCCGCAUCGUAAGAUAAUUGAAGAUGCCGACAAAGUUCAACAAGCCUGGGUAGUACCCCAGGGUUCAGUAAUGUCGAGGAAUUAUGAUGUACAGUCCAAUAGUUAUGUCUUGAGAUUCGGUACUCCGGAAACGAGUACUUCGGGGAUAUCAAUAACUCUAGAUCAUGUUUUGUCAUUUGUUUUGAAGCUGGAUUUAAUUAUUAAGGACAAUGGCAGUGUUACUGUCGUGAUGCAACACCGAGAAAGAAAAGAUUCUUAUUACCUUCAUUACACCACCAGUAAUAUUGUUCUCAAUACGAUAAAUAAUCACAUUUAUUACGGAAUUGGAGCCAGCAACAGCCAGUGGAAACGCAUUACCAGAGAUUUAGUUGUCGAUUUACAAAAAGGCUUGAGUGUAAAUGAAAAGGGGAAGAAAAAAUUGUCGAGAUCAAAAUUAAAAAUAAUAAAAAUAAUUUUGUAUGGGUCAGGUAAAAUAGACAACAUGACGUUGUCGACAAGCGAACAUAUGGAGCAAUUUUAUGACGCGGCACGUUGGUUCGUCGCUAAUCAAAAUGUAACAUCAGGCGGGUGGCCGAAUCCCGUAAGAAGAAAAGUUGCCAGCAGUAUUGAAGUUCUAGAACCCGGAUGGUACUCGGCAAUGGGUCAAGGACAUGCUAUUUCUGUUCUCGCAAGAGCUUACUAUCACUCCGGCGACGAGAGGUACUUACAGGCAGCCGUGAGAGGCUUGAAACCAUUUAGAAUAACAUCUUCAAAAGGUGGAGUGGCAGCUUAUUUUAUGGAUAAAUUUGUCUGGUAUGAAGAAUAUCCAACUACACCGUCUUCGUUUAUUUUAAAUGGUUUUAUUUACUCGCUUAUUGGUUUGUACGAUCUUAAGUGCAUUGCAACAGGCAAAGACGCCGAUGAAGCAACAGAAUUAUUCGACAACGGUAUGGUGUCGUUGAAAAAUAUGCUUACACUAUUUGACACUGGUUCUGGCACGACCUAUGACUUAAGACAUUUCACAUUAAAAAGCGCGCCUAAUUUAGCGCGCUGGGACUAUCAUUCCACGCACAUUAAUCAAUUAUUACUUUUAAAUACUAUCGAUAUUGAUAAUAACGAUCAAAUAUUUAUACUAACUGCUGAAAGAUGGAUCGGUUAUAUGAAUGGUAAGAGAGCUGCGCAUAAUUAAUUUUUUAAUUAUUAAAGACACUCAAUAGUCCUCUCACUUUUUAAAAAUUUUCACCGACUUCCCAAGUAGCACAGGGAUAACAUUAAGUCGUAAAAAGGACGAUAAAUUUUAUGUUGGUCCUGAGUCAGAAAAUUUGUGUUUUUUUUCCCGUCUUAAAUUGAGCUGUCGUUCAGAUGACAUUUGAUUAUUUCGUAAUUAAUUUUUUGCCGCCGUUUCUGUCAAGUUUUUUAAGCAGAUAUUUUUUUUUUUUGACAACUUCUGAUUGCUUUGUCAACAUUUUGGUGCCUUAUUGAUAGGUCAAAAAACAGGCUCAGAACUGAUAUCUUGUAGAUGUCACAGAACCACGUGUGCUACUUAGAUGUCAACUGUCAUUACCGUAUUGAAAUUUUAUUAUUAAAUUUCAAAUUAAAGCAUUAAUUGAAAAAUAAAAAAUUGUCACUGAGAUGUAGAUUAAAAAAAAAAAAAAAAUUACUUACAGUUUUUAUCAAUUAGGAGUUGAGCGAAAUUUGGAAAAUAAAAUUUACCCUGCAAAAUUUGAUAUUUUUAAUUUAAUUGCAAUGUCAUGAAAAUUUUAUUGAAAUUUACUUUAGAAAUUUUGUUUGAUUCCUAAUUGAUGUCAACUGUAAAUAAUUUUUUUAAAUUAAUCAAUAAAAUUAAAAUCCGGUCAUGACAGUUCAAGCUAAUGAAUAUUUUUAAAAACUGAGGGUAUUGUCUGAGAAUUUCCAUAAAUUUUUAUAACAAAAAACAAAGAAAAGAAAAGAAAAAAAUAUCACUUAAUUAAAUAUAAAUUUUUAGAGCUUGAAUUUAUACCAUUUUCUACUUUUCACAUUAGUGUAAUUUACCAUUUAAAAAUUUUGAGAUCCUUAUAGUCUACCUCCCGUCAUAAAUUAUUUAAUUAAAGAGGAGUAAAAACCGACGAUCAAUUGUACGAUCAUUAAAUACAUAAAAUUAAAAUAACAAAUUAUUUAAAGUAAAACGGUUUGACCGUUUAGUGCCAGAACUUUUUUCUAAAUUAACUCCAAGUGUAAGAUUUUUUAAAAUUCCAUAUUUAUUUGUCUUCUCAAACUGAUAAUAAUUCCUCGUGAGAUGAUGAAGAAAAAGUAAUGAAACAAUCGUUUUGUAAUUUAUUGAUACUAAUAUUAAGACAAUGAGUUUUAUCAACACUCAUUUAAAUUAAAAUCCUUCGAUAGCAGCAACUAUUUGUAAUUAAACUGAAUGCUUUAUUAGUUAACUAGGAUACAUUUAUAUUUAAAUAAAAUAAUAAAAGAAGAGAGUAAGUUUAGAUUAUAACAGGGUAGAUAUUUGUAAUGGUGAUAAUAGUAAUGGAAUAUUUUUUUAGUAAAAAAAUAAAUGUAAAAAAAAGACACUUAAUGAGCUCAUAAAUAAUUUAUGUUUUUUAUUUAAAAAAUGAGCUCUGAUAAUUAUUACUAUGAACUGAACAUUCCGUUUUGUAUAAUAGCGUAAACUGUAAGUUUAUAAAUAAAUACAUUUAAUAAUUAUUUAAAAAAUUAGGAUAUCAAUCGUAAAUAGUGUCAAUAUUAAAAUACUUAAAAAUUUAAUGACAACUCAUUAGAUUUUUAACUACAGUUUGUCUCAGGAUUUAAAAAAAACUUACGCUCAAUAAAAUGAGCGACUGGUUUAUAAAUAUGUAGAUAGAAAGGUAAAUAAUAAAAUACUCGUACGACAAUAUAAAAAUUAAGUUUAAAUAUUUAAAGUGUCAAGGACUAAGGAACAAAAAAAUUUCUUUUGUCAAAAAAAUGAUUUUCUUUAAAUUAUUUAUAAAAGCUUGCGAAAAAAAAUUUUUACCGGCUUCGUACGAUACUAGACUAUAAAUAUAUAAAUAUUAGAGUGCUUACUUCUGAAAAAAUAAAUAUAUAAAUAUAACAAAUAUAAUUUUUCAUGAAGUCCUGUAGAAAACGAGCUAUUUAAAAAUUACACAGAAAAAAAUCAUUUUUUGGCGCGAAAAUUUUUACUCAAGAAAAUUUUUUCGGGCGAGAAAAAAAUUUUAUAGACAGGAAAUUUUUUCUAGACCUUAGAAAAUUUUUUUUUUCAUUUUCUGAUGCAGAAUUUUGCUUGCGCUAAGAAAUAUUUUUUUUCUGUGUACUUGUCAAUAAAAAAAAUAUUUAAAAAGCGUUAGUGCUAUCAUAUUAAAUAUCCUGAUGGGCUCAUUAAUAAAUUAAUUAAUUAAUUAAUUUAUGAGCCUUGUAAAUCAUACGCUUAGCUUUGUGGUGUAGUUUAUUAAAUGCCAACUUAGAUAUAUAAUUAAUAAUGUCAAUAAUAAAACAUCUUUACAGUCUGUCUGAUUAUUUUCGCUACUAAAAGUAUAUAUAAUAUUACUAUAUAUAUAUUAUAUAAAUAAAAGACAGUGGAAUAAUAAAAUAAAAACGCUCAUACUCGACAGAGAGUGCAAAUUAGAUGAUAAUUUAUCUAUAAUUAUAUUAUUUAAUUAAUAAAGUUAUUUAUAAUUUAUGGGUUGUAAUAAAUGAGGUGUGAUAAGAAAAGAACAAAAGUAAUUAAUGUAACAUGUCAAUCGAAUGUUAUUAGUUUUUUAAAAUAACAAUCGAUAACACAAAUUUAUUUUUAUCAAUUUUUUUAUUUAUAAUUCAUGUCAUUAUUUAAAUAUAUCACGUUUCUAAUUCCAAAAGCUCUUAUAUUUUUAUUUUACCUCUGGCUUUAGUGAACUUCCUUGACCCUAAAGGGCGUAUAAUUUUUUUUUAUUACAAAUCGUUUUGGAGACAUUUUAAAAUUCAAAAUUUAAAAUAAAUUUUACCGCCAAAAGGGCAUCAAAUUUAAAUCACGCGCCCUUUAGGAUUUUUAAACUUUUUGAUUGGCAAUAAAAAAAAAAUUAUGAGCCCUUUUGGCUUUAGGAAGAUCCCGGAAGUCAAAAGGGCAAAUAAAAAUAUGUUCUUUUGGAAUUAGUAACGCGAUAUAUGUUUUUUUUUUACAUUAUCUCUCUAAUCUAACAGUUUUUAUACAAGGUUUACCGUAACGUCGCUGAGCUUCAUUGAUAAAAGCAUUUUCCAUUUGACGUACGAUUUCAUUGAAGACUAAAUUUGACAAAUGUGAAUGUAAUAUUGAUUUAAAUUCAAACGAUAACGAAAAA